CUCUCUCUCUCUCUCUCUCUCUCACUUCUGUUGAAGAAGUUGCUCUUUGUUUUUCACGAGUUUAAUAACUAUGAUCUCCAUAUCCAUGCUACAGGGAUUUUUACGCAAGAGAUCUUCCGUUGCCAUUAGAUUUUGUGGGAAUGAAAUUCCAAAAUGGUUCAGCCAUAAAAGUGAGGGAUGUUCAAUAAAGAUUGAGCUUCCUCGUGAUUGGUUUAGCACAGAUUUCUUGGGUUUCGCUCUAUCUCUUGUUGUUGACUUUGCUCCAUGGGAUAUGAAGGUUCGAUGCAAGUACAACUUCAAAACUAGUAAUGGUGAAAGCCAUGAAGUCAGCCAUUAUUUGUAUAAUCUGUUCACCACUGAUAAUAUCCUUCGAAGUGAGGAAGAUUCACAUGGGGUGUUUGUGUGGUGGUCUAAUAAUGUCUUUGAAGAAGUUGUAAAGGGAGCUCAAAGCCUCACUGCGUUUUACAAACUUGUUACUGAGGUCAAUGUUAGCUUCACCGUAAUGGAUUUUUUUGACCCCGAACUCAAUCUGCUGGAAAAGUGUGGGAUAUGUCUGUUGUAUGGCAAAGAUGCUGAGAUGAUAAAGCAGAGGGCUUUGUAGAUCAAGCCGAUAUCCCUAAAUUCAAAAUUUCAGUUUAUUUGAGCUGUUUGCAAGACUUGUGGCUGAGGAUGCUUUUUGAGUUUCUUAGGCUUAGGGAUGUCUUUCUUGUUUUAACCCUUCGUCCUCUCUAUCGCCAAGCUUUUUGUCUGAGGAUGCUUUUGAGUUUAGUUUCUCACCGUCAUGCCCCAUGUAAUUUUCUUCAUUGAAUUCAAGUAUUAAAUUGUUAAAAGUUAACAGUAUUAAAUUUUGCAUCAAUUGGAUUUCUGCUUCAACUUGGAAUGGCUUCAUUCUUAAUCAUAAAAGGGAAAUUGGCA